GUUUGUUAUCAUUGGCGCCUCCCAAGAUGGCGUCCAUCAUGGAGGGUCCGCUGAGCAAGUGGACCAACGUGAUGAAGGGCUGGCAGUACCGCUGGUUCGUGUUGGAUUACAACGCGGGGCUGCUCUCCUACUACACGUCCAAGGAUAAAAUGAUGAGAGGCUCCCGCAGAGGCUGUGUCAGACUCAGAGGAGCCGUGAUUGGUAUAGACGACGAAGACGACAGCACCUUCACGAUAACCGUCGAUCAGAAAACCUUCCAUUUCCAGGCCCGAGACGCCGAUGAGAGGGAAAAGUGGAUUCAUGCCUUAGAAGAGACUAUUCUCCGCCACACGCUUCAGCUUCAAAUCAGUACCACACUUGCUUUUUUCCAGACUUCUGGUAUCUCUCCAGUUCUUGAAUUUUCCAAAAUAAUUGGUGUGGAUUCGGGGUUCGUUCCCAGCGUUCAGGACUUCGAUAAGAAGCUCACGGAGGCCGACGCCUAUUUACAGAUCUUGAUAGACCAACUGAAGCUAUUUGAUGACAAACUUCAAAGCUGCAAAGAUGACGAACAGAGAAAGAAAAUCGAGACCCUCAAAGAGACAACCAAUAGCAUGGUAGAAUCCAUUAAACACUGCAUUGUGUUGCUGCAGAUUGCUAAAGACCAAAAUAAUGAGGAGAAGCACGCAGAUGGAAUGAUAAGCACCAUCAACCCCGUGGAUGCAAUCUAUCGGCCGGGCCCCUUGGAGUCGGCGAUCAGCACGAUGCCAACUCAGACCGUCUCGCCCCCGGAAACCGCUCAGCUGUGUAAAUCGGAGCAGCGUCCCUCUUCCUUAGCCGUGGGGCCCGCGGUCGCUCCCCUGGGCCAGCACCAGACCCCCACGCCGGGCAGCACAGGCAGCGGGCACUCGGCCCCCAGCAGCAGCCUGACGUCCCCGAGCCAUGUCAACCUGUCCCCGAACACCGUCCCCGAGUUCUCCUACUCCAGCAGCGAGGACGAGUUCUACGACGCCGACGAGUUCCAUCAGAACAGCUCCUCUCCCAAGCGCCCGAUGGACCCCUCCGGGUCCGCUUCCGGCCCGGGCCCCGGCCCCAAGCGCCCCAACGCCGCGGACCCGCCGACCGCGGCCGUGUCCAACGGGGUGAACGACGCAGACCUCUUCGACUCCCACGACGACAGAGACGACGAGGGGGAGGCCGGGUCCGUGGAAGAGCACAAGAGCGUCAUCAUGCACCUCCUGUCUCAGGUCCGGCUGGGGAUGGAUCUGACCAAGGUGGUCCUCCCGACGUUCAUUCUCGAGAGGCGAUCGCUUCUGGAAAUGUACGCAGACUUCUUUGCCCACCCGGACUUAUUCGUCAGCAUCAGCGACCAGAAGGAGCCCCGGGAGCGGAUGGUGCAGGUCGUGCGCUGGUACCUGUCGGCCUUCCACGCCGGGAGGAAAGGCUCCGUGGCCAAAAAGCCCUACAACCCCAUCCUGGGCGAGAUCUUCCAGUGCCACUGGACGCUGCCCACCGAGAGCGAAGAGAGCGCGGAACCCGUGGCCGAGGGGCCGGUGCCGUGGGUCUCCGGACACAGCGUCACUUUUGUGGCCGAACAGGUCUCCCAUCACCCUCCCAUUUCAGCCUUCUACGCCGAGUGUUUUAGCAAGAAGAUACAAUUCAACGCUCACAUAUGGACCAAGUCAAAGUUCUUGGGAAUGUCCAUCGGGGUCCACAACAUAGGCCAAGGCUGCGUCUCGUGCCUGGAUCACGACGAGCACUACAUCCUCACCUUCCCCAACGGCUACGGCAGGUCUAUCCUGACGGUGCCCUGGGUGGAGCUGGGAGGGGAGUGCGCCAUCAACUGCCCCAAGACGGGCUACAGCGCCAGCGUCGUCUUCCACACCAAGCCCUUCUACGGAGGCAAGAAGCACCGCGUCACGGCGGAGAUCUUUUCUCCGACCGACAAGAAGUCGUUCUGCUCGGUGGAAGGCGAGUGGAACGGCGUCAUGUACGCCAGAUACGCCACGGGGGAGAACGCGGUCUUCAUCGACACCAAAAAGCUGCCCACGAUCAAGAAGAAAGUGAGGAAGCUGGAGGACCAGAACGAAUACGAAUCUCGCAGCCUGUGGAAAGACGUCACGUACAACCUGAAGAUCCGGGACAUCGACGCGGCCACGGCGGCCAAGCACAGGCUGGAGGAGAAGCAGAGGGCGGAGGCCCGCGAGCGCAAGGAGAAGGAGACGCAGUGGGAGACGAGGCUCUUCCACGAGGACGGGGAAUGCUGGGUGUACGACGAGCCGCUGCUGAAACGGCUGGCCGCCGGCAAGAACUGAGGCGCGCCCCCGCCCCGCCCCGCCAUCUCAGGGAUCCCGGACGCGCCGGGGCAGACCGACGGUCGGAGACGCUCCCGUCCCCUCUCCGGGCGGCCGCCCCGCCCCGACCGAGCCGCCGGACGCCACCCCCGGGCGUCGGGUCGAAGUCCGCGCGAGGAGAAUCCUCCUCCUCCUCCUCCUCCUCCCCGCCCCCCCACCCGUAGAUACCGGUCCCUCGGACGGGACGGACCGUCCGUUGGGGGAAAAAAAAAAAACGUUAUUUAGCGAACACGUGAAAUCAAACGCUCUGCCGUCCCGGGACCUCGGCCCGGCCCCGCCUGUAUCUAUCUUUAUUUUGAGAUCGAAUCAUUAAAACGUAACUAACCUCGG